UGCUCGUCCUGCGAGCCCAGCCCCGCUGCAGUUCGGGGAAGGCCCAGAUUAUAUAAUCUCCAAAAUUAAAUUGCUCAAAAGCUCUUUCUCGGCCUCAAAAAUCCCGCAGGGAAAGGUAGGAGCUGCUGAUGUUGAAACUGCGGCAGAAACCUUGAGGGCAGGAGCGAAAAUGGAGGGCUCAUCUGCGUCCGAAGCUCUGCUAGAAACCCUAAUGACGAGGGGAUGGUGUUUCGGAGACCUCGAACGAGUCAAAUCUGUGAUCGCUAGUCAUUUUGAUUCUGCCCCACCCGACGAACGCUUUAAGGUCGAUUCGAUUGAGUCCGAGCUCGCAAAGAUGGACUUGAGAGUCAUCGGCGGCAAGUCUUUGCCCGAUCCUAUUGCUCUUCGAAAAUCCUCUCAUAUUAAAGGCCCCAAAGUUCUCCAGAUAUCUUCUGCGAGGGACAUUUCUCGAAGCGGUCAUGCGGAGAGUUCGGGGAGUUCAAACAGUCGGCGUCUACUGAGACUGAAUCUUACGGAUGGCCACAGUGAGCUAACUGCUGUAGAGUACACCCGCAUACCCUCAAUUCCGGAUGAUGUUGUUCCUGGUUCUAAGGUUCGUUUGGAAAAUAAAGCUGUGAUACAUAGUGGCAUAGUAUGUUUAAAUGCUAAAGUGGUAACUGUAUUAGGAGGUGUAGUGCAAGCACUUUAUGAAGAAUGGCUGAUGAACAAAAAAUAUUCAGGUUUAUCUCGCUCAUCCUUGAAGCCAUCAGGGGAUGAUGAGAUUGUUGGUCCUCCACAGUUUGAGAAGUUGCAAAUUGGGGCAUCCAUGCAUCAGUCUGCCCAGCAAGGCAGAUUUUCUUAUCAGUCAGAGUCAACCCACAAGAACAACAGCCUUAGAAUUGAGGACACUGGUGGAAAAUCAGAAAUUAGGCAAAAGGGAAGACAAGGGAAUCUUGAUUUUAAAGCAGAAAUUUUGAAUAAUGAUAUGAAAGUAGCUACCCUUACUGGAAAAACUGAAGAUAUGCCAAGUAGCUCUGGAGCAAGACCAAAAGAAGUGGUCGAAUCUGUUCCUGUUCAAAAUCAAGCAGCUUCUCAGAAACUACUCCAGAAGAUGAGUAUUUCAAACUGGGAUGGUCAGAAUUUUAAAAAUCGAAAACAUAGAGGGAAGGGGAAACAAGAAGAGUCACCAGUUUUCACUUUAGAUGAAUGGGAGAAGAGUAGAGCUGGGAUAAGAACUCUUAAAGAUGAGCUUCCAGAUGUAAGCCGUGAUGAGGAUCUUGCAUGGCAGCUUCAAAAUCAAUUUGAUUUGGAAGACCUUGAUGUACAUAGGGUUCCUUGUGAGACUGAAGCAGAACGUUUAAGAAGGAGCAUGUUUAAGUUUGAGAGGGAUGAUGAUAGCAUCCAUGAAACAGGAUAUCGAGGGAGAGGAAGGGGUAGAGGAAGAGCAAGAGGGAGAGGAAGGAGGAGGGGAAGAGGGAGAUUUGAUUAACCAUGAUUUAUUCACUCAUGUUUCUCAUUAUAUUUGGUAAUUACUUAUUUCUCAAUUACCUUCCUUUUUUUUUUUAUUUUUUAUUUUUUAUUUUUCAGAACAUCUAGUUGCUUGGUGCAUUUUGAAGCUCCCAAUUUGCAAUUUGUGAAAUAAUUUCUUUAUUCUGAUUGCUUCCUUAAAGCUUGAUUAUAC